AUGGUUGUUUCUGCUUUGGCCAACAUGGCUAACAUUGUCCAUAUCAAUGUUCCUACCCAUUUCCCCAUCUGGCUGACUGAUACAAAUUAUCCGGUAUGGCAGCGACAGGUAGAGACCACUCUAAUUGGCUUUGAUCUCUUAGGCUAUAUUAAUGGUGAUACUAAAGAACCUGCAAAAUUCUCAAAUGCCGAAGGCACGACCCCAAACCCGACACAUGCUGUCUGGUUCAGGCAAGAUCAGAUCAUUAUUGGUGCGCUGUUAGGGAGCUACUCUGAAUCACUACAAUCGUUGACUUCUUCUACUACAACCGUAACGGAGGCGUGGACUCGGCUUACGUCCACUUACGCAAAUGACUCCAUGGGCCGAGUUAUUUAUCUCAAAACCAGGUUAUUAAGUAAUCCCAGAGGUUCACGGUCCAUCACAGAGUAUUUGCAGGACAUGCGUUCGAUCGCAGAUUCCUUAGCAACUGCGCAUAAUCCUGUUUCUGAUUCUGAUCUCAUUUCGUAUGUUUUGAAUCGGUUAGGCAAUGAAUAUGCUACAUUGAUUCCUGCUAUCCGGGUGCAAGGAGGAUGCAUCAACUUUGGUGAUCUUUACAGUAUUUUAACGGACCAUGAGCGGAUGAUAAAGUCUAUAGAAGAGGCUCGACAGUCCCAUUUAGUCACGGCGAAUGUAACUCAGUUACAAUCUGGAACUCCACCCUCAAAUCACCAGCGUGAUCAGUCACGGGGAACCGGUCAACGUCGUUCUCGUCCCUCGAAUCGGCAAAAUGUUAACGACCAUCGUCAGACUUAUAUUUGUAAAUUUUGUAACUUUCAGGGUCUUGAGACUAGAUUUUGCCGGAAAUUAGCGAGGUUCCUACGUGACAAUAAUGUUCCAUUUGGUCUUCACCAAUCUCCCAAUAACUUUGCAGGUCCCUCCGUUAAUACCUCAGUCAUCUCUCAACCUCAACAACAGUAG